ACCGACUUUUUAAAACAAUAAAAAUCAACACUACUGAAACAUUCACGUAACGCAAGACUGUAUUACAAAGCGGGAAAUCGCGAUCAAGUCGGGAGCGAGGUUUCGGUUCGUUAAGGAAGUAGAGCAGAAUAUAAAAUGGCAUAAAUCCAUAAAACAAUAUCAUUUUAUUUAAUUCAAUCUGUGUUGUAUAUGACAAUUGUAUUAUUGUGCACUCGCCUAAUUGUCGAUUUAGUACACACCUGGUGCUGGUGUGCGACUGCGACAACCAAUGGCUGUCAAAUUCGACUGAUUUAAGUACGAAUAAGCAUGUCCAGUCGCAAGGGUCGCAAGCUCUGACAGUGCUGUGCGGCACCGCACUUUUUUCCGUUUACGUCAUUAGGCGAGACACGAAAUUUGAAAAAAAGGAGAUGCAACACACUAUUAUUGCAUCAGCUGUGAGUUCCCGAUUAAACCAAUAACCGAUUCAAAUGAUUCACGUAGAUACGUUGCCAUGAACAGCGGUUAUGUUUUUCAAUGGAAAACGAAAUAACGACAAUGGCGGCAAUGUUCCCAUCAAAGAGAAGACUUGAGAAGGAGUUGACGUCGUUAAUCCGCGAACCUCCGCCCGGUGUACAUGUGGACGAAGACCUUGCUGGUCAAAAUUUAACGCAAUGGAUUGUUCACAUGGAAGGUGCUAAGGGUACCUUGUACGAGGGAGAGCAAUUUCAACUGCAGUUUAAGUUUAGUUCUAAAUAUCCGUUCGAUUCGCCGGAGGUGACGUUCAUAGGUGGAAACAUACCAGUGCAUCCGCAUAUUUAUAGCAAUGGCCACAUCUGCUUAUCCAUUUUGACUGAAGAUUGGUCACCAGCUUUGAGCGUGGAGAGCAUCUGUUUAAGUAUCGUAUCGAUGCUGAGCAGUUGUAAAGAAAAGAAAAGGCCACCUGACAAUUCCUUUUAUGUGAAAACAUGUAGUAAAAAUCCAAAGAAAACGAAGUGGUGGUACCAUGAUGACAGUGUAUAACAGCAACUGCUAGAGUCAUUAACAACUUGUCAAUGCGCAGUUAAUGCUGGACCAAGUGGAACGAUGGUUUCUGUGUCUUAAAGUAAUUACUAAAAUUUCACAGAUGAAAUUGCUGAUAUAAUUUUAUCAUGUAUUUAAAGAAUUAGGUGCAUAAGUUAGAAAACGAGAAUAAAGCGAAGGCUGCAUAUUA